AUGCAGAGCGGGUGGCUGCAGAGCCAGGCGCCUCGCAGGAUGGUGGACAGCGUGUACCGGACCCGCUCCCUGGGGGUGGCGGCUGAAGGGAUCCCGGACCAGUACGCGGACGGAGAGGCGGCGCGCGUGUGGCAGCUGUACAUCGGGGACACCCGCAGCCGCACGGCUGAGUACAAGGCUUGGCUGCUCGGGCUGCUGCGACAGCACGGCUGCCAGCGAGUCCUCGACGUGGCCUGUGGUACCGGGGUGGACUCCAUCAUGCUAGUGGAAGAAGGCUUCAGUGUGACAAGUGUGGAUGCCAGUGACAAGAUGCUCAAGUAUGCACUUAAAGAGCGCUGGAACCGGCGGCAUGAGCCUGCUUUCGACAAGUGGGUCAUUGAAGAAGCCAACUGGAUGACUCUAGACAAAGAUGUGCCCAAGUCACCAAGGGGUGGCUUCGAUGCUGUCAUCUGCCUUGGAAACAGUUUUGCCCACUUGCCAGACUGCAGAGGGGACCAGAGUGAGCACCGGCUGGCCCUGAAAAACAUCACAAGCAUGGUGCGGUCAGGGGGCUUGCUGGUCAUUGAUCAUCGUAACUACGACCACAUCCUCAGCACAGGCUAUGCACCCCCAGGAAAGAACAUCUACUAUAAGAGUGACCUGAUCAAGGACAUCACGACAUCUGUGCUGACAGUGAACAACAAGGCUCACAUGGUGACCCUCGAUUACACGGUGCAGGUGCCGGGGACUGGCCACAGAGGUUCUCCUGGCUUGAGUAAGUUCCGGCUCUCCUACUACCCUCACUGUCUGGCAUCCUUUACGGAGCUGCUACAAACAGCCUUCGGGGGCAAGUGCCAGCACAGUGUCCUAGGAGAUUUCAAGCCUUACAAGCCGGGCCAGGCCUACAUUCCCUGCUAUUUCAUCCACGUGCUCAGGAAGACGGACUGAGUGAGGCCUCAGCUCCCACUGCCCUCUGCCCAGGCGCUGCCAGGCUCCGUCUGUGGAGGAGGGGACCAGAAGCCCCACACGAAGCCCAACCCCCAAUGCAGAUCCGGGGGUGUGGGAAGGGGCGGGCUGCAGCUGGGGGCAGGGAUUCGGGUUCAAACAGAUGGAAAGGAAAACAAUAUAGUCUAUGCUUUUUUCAGGUCCU